AUGGAGGCCAAGAAGGUCAUUCACAAUGUCAAGGGCAUUUUCGGUGGCCAGACCACCAACGGUAUCUUGCGACUCACAGACUAUCAUAUGGUCUUUUGCGCCCCGGUUGACCAGCAUGAGCCGACGAGCGCCGACCCGGCCACACCACCCAAGAUGAGGGAGCGAUGGUUGACAUAUCCGAUUCUGUCGUAUUGUUCUCUUCGCCCAACACCUCCUACUUCAAGGCAAUCUCCAUCUAUACGCAUUCGAUGUCGCGAUUUCACCUUUGUCACCUUCAACUUCAACGAUAAUGGCGCCGCUCGGGACGCUUUUGAUUUCAUCAAAUCGAGAACCUGUAAACUUGGCACGGUAGAAAAGCUCUACGCCUUCAGCCACAAACCACUUAAGAACGAAAAGGAAGUGAACGGAUGGGAAUUCUACGACCCUAAAGCCGAGUUUCGGAGGCAAGGUAUUAGCGAAAAGUUGCCCGACAAGGGCUGGAGAGUCACCACAAUCAACAAGGAUUAUACAUUUUGCGAUACGUACCCGGCAUUUUUGGUCGUGCCUUCCAAGAUUUCGGAUAAUGUCCUCAAAUAUGCUAGAGACUUUCGUUCUCGGAACCGAAUUCCCGUUUUAUCAUAUAUUCACCCCGUCAACAACUGUACUAUCACGAGAAGCUCACAACCCCUCGCCGGCAUCACCAGGAAAACAAAUGUGCAAGACGAGCGACUGGUUGCGGCAUCCUUCUCUGCUUGGAUGCCUGGUGGAUCGGAGGAGUCCACACCUCCUGUCAGCCAACAGGAGCCUGCCGAGAGCGAGAUGCUGGAAUCUUCACUCUCAGAGUUGGAGCGCUACGAAGAUGAGCUCAUCUCCCGAUCAGCCGCCAUCUACGACGAAAAGACUGGCGAAACGAGGAUAUAUGGACGGCAGCAGGCUAACAUGAUUGUCGACGCUCGCCCUACCAUCAACGCCAUAGUCAAUCAAGUCCAGGGCAUGGGAUCUGAGAAUAUGGACAAGUACAAGUUUGCGACAAAGACUUUUCUUAGUAUCGAAAAUAUCCACGUUAUGCGCAACUCCCUGAAUAAGGUAGUAGAGGCUCUCAAGGAUGCUGAUGUGUCUCCUUUACCUCCUAAUCGAGAACUCUUGAGUCAAAGUGGCUGGUUGCGACAUAUUAACGACGUGCUGGAUGGGUCCGCUAUUAUCGCCCGUCGAAUUGGCAUCAAGCACUCACACGUCCUCAUUCAUUGCUCAGAUGGAUGGGAUCGUACCAGCCAACUGAGUGGUUUGGCGCAAAUCAUGUUGGACCCAUACUUCAGAACCAUUGACGGCUUCAUUGUUUUGGUGGAGAAGGACUGGUUAUCAUUUGGCCACAUGUUUAGACUGCGCUGUGGUCAUUUAAAUCAUGAGGACUGGUUUGCAGUCCAAAAGGACGCCUUGGCUGGGUCAAAAGUCCAGCCUGGAGAAAACGAUGGGCGCAAUGAUGCGCUUCAGAAUGUUCUCACGGGGGCCAGGCGGUUCUUCAACCAGAAUAAGGAAGAUGCUGAGUUGGACGCAGCCAGCGAAGUUACAUCGGGAAAGGUGGUUGAUGAAGAGGCUACCGCACCAAAGAUGGUCAGCCCCGUAUUCCAUCAAUUCCUCGACUGCACGUAUCAGUUGAUCCGACAGAAUCCUACCCGGUUUGAAUACAAUGAGCGCUUCCUUCGUCGGCUGCUCUACCACCUCUAUUCUUGUCAAUAUGGAACCUUCCUGUACAAUUCUGAGAAACAGAGAAAGGACGCCAGGGUCAGUGAGAGAACAUCUUCUGUUUGGGACUACUUCCUCUGCAGAAGACAAGAAUUCACAAAUCCUGAUUAUGACCCCACUGUUGACGACCGCGUCAGGGGUAAGGAGAGGAUUCUUCUGCCGAAUCUCAAAGAAAUCAGAUGGUGGCAUCAAUCGUUUGGCCGCACAGAUGACGAAAUGAAUGCAGGGUUGCAUGCUGCUGCUGCCGCUGAAAAUGGACGGCUUGCCGCCGUGUCUAACUUGCAUGGUUCUCCUCGCGCCGAUCAAAUUUCGAGAUCAGCUUCAGGGACGCCAAAACCUCCGGGUCUGGGUAACAGCCACACGGUGUUGACGGCAGUGGAAAGUGCACAUGAGACUCUCACGCCAGGCAAUAACCAGGCUUCACUGCGCCGUAGUGCCUCUGCCGAGGGCCCCAACGCCUUCACAGCUAUUCGGGACGGUCUGUCGGGACUGAACAUUGGCAAAGGUGUGUUGAGCAGUCUUGGUCGUGCCGAGGCUUCUGGGUCAGGUACGCCUCCGCAUAAGGAGCAAGAAAUGCGCCAGAUGACAUAG